UACCACCUAGCAUUAGAACUCAGUGUCUCUCUCUCUCUCUCUCUCUCUCUCCAUCAUUUUUUCUUUGUUUCUUCUCUAGAGUGACCAUCACUACAACUACAAACCCUAGAUUCUCCACCGCCUGCUUCUCUAACCCCGACCCUCUUUCUGGCCAAGCCCUCACCUCCGACAUCCGGCGAAGAUCAGUCCCAGUUGGAGUGCUCCAUCUCUAUCUCACCCUCUCUCCAUCUCUGCCUCACCUUCGCUCUCAAUCUCUGCCUCACCAUCUCUCUCCAUCUCGAUCUACCCUUUGAAACCCUCCCAAACCCUAAUUAAAACCCUCCUAAACCGAAACCCCAAUUCAAAUCCUCGAUGAGUUCUAUAUAUGGCGAUCAGAUGAUGAGUUCUAUAUAUGGCAAUCCACUCUCACAACCGAUGAUGAGUUCUCUGCUUUAUCAGCUAAAAUUUUAAAACAAAGAAUGAUUGAUGAAGGGUUUAAAUAGUCAUCUAGAAGGCCCUAAUUUGUUGGGGUUUAAGAUCAAUUCCAAGGGCUGGUUGAUUUUUGAUGGCCACGACAGUAAUAUGGCAUCAUUUGUUUCUUGAUCAGCUCAGGUUAGUUUAGUUGGUCUACAUUUUUUGCAUCUCAUUGGAAUUAGAUUUCAGAUUGUAUCAAAAAUAAAGCUUUUAUUGCUUCCUCUAGAUAUCUAUCUUCCUUUUAGUCAUAUGCGUAUAUAAUUAUGAAUAAAUUUGCAACACAGAUAUCAAUUUUGUAGAAUUUGACAAAAAAAUGUAUAUGAAUGAAUAAGAUUUUUCAUAAAUAGAGUCCCAUAAGAUUUUCAUCUUAAGAGCCGUAUGUUCUUUGCUGGAAUAUGGACUGUCACUCGAUAGGUGAGUUGCUUUCUAUUCUGGAUUUUAAAGAGGGGAAGCUUCCUAUGAGGUAUUUGGGGGUUCCUCUUGUCUCUACUAAGUUGUGUAAAAUAGAUUCUGAUCAAUUGGUUGCUAGGAUUACUAACAGGAUUCAAUCGUGGGCUAAUAAAGUGUUGUCGUAUGCUGGUAGAGCCCAAUUGAUUAAAAGAAUUUGUAUUAAUAGAAUUCUUAAUUUUAAUAUAUAAUAGAAUUUGUAUUUGUUCAAUUCCACUCUCUUAAUAGAAUUUGUAUUUGUUCAAUUCAUUUCUUAAUUGUUUUGAAUUUUGUUUUUUUUUAUAUAUACAAAUCGUUGGGUUUAGUUUGAUUAUUGGAUUAAAAAAAGGUCAAUUGAUGGUGUUUGAUUGCAAUUCUAGAUUCUAGAUUAUUUGAUUUUUUUAGCUUAUUUAACUCAGAAAAAGUGAGAUUACUUGUAAUUGUUUUCAACUUAAGAAUGUGCCUGAAUUCAUUAGAAGCUAAAUAGUAUAAUGAUAGUAGAAAGAAAUGAGAUAAAGAGACAUUAUUUUUAAUUAAAUUCCAUGUAUAUAUAAUAAUUUAGUUGCCAUUUUUUUUUUUUUUAAUAUUAGCAAAGAUAUGUAUCAAAACUAAUAUUGAGAACAUCAGGAAAAUGAAAUCUUAGGAUACCACCAUAGUGUAUUUGCUAAUCAUUUUUCACAUUGGUGGAGGUUGUGCUUCUUUGGGUUGGUUCAGACCAUGGUUGUUUGUUGUGGUUAUGCCUCUAAUUGGGUUGCUUCAAUCCAUUAUUGUUUAGUUUGGUUGUCAGGUGGCAUGAGAGGUGUCACACUCUUCAUGGUUUUCAUGAAAAUGUUGUUGGCUUUAGAAUUUCGUUCUUAAUUUUUUUUUUAAUACAACUCCAAAAGGAUGUAGCCAUGGCUAGAGCUCUGUUUUUGUGUAUACAACCUACUCUACUAUACAACUAUAUCACUAUGAGAUUGAAUAAAUGAAGGGCAUGACAACCGAAUACUACACACACGAGGCAAAGAAGAUCUCAUUCUUAUGAGGUAUUAGUAAGUUUGUUGUCCCCUAGUACAUGGGACUAACUAAGGAUGUCAUUUAUAUACUUUUUCAAACACAGAUAGCAUAGGAUAUCCAUAUGUAUAAAACAUUUCAAUAGAGUCACUACUACAAUAAUGGUUAAAAGUCACACUUUUCAGAUUGAAUUUAGAUAAGAAUCAUGCUUAAAAGUAGCAAAUUAUGAGUACAAAACUCUAAAAUUCUGCUCAAAGCUUGCUUUAGUCUGAAUUUAUGUUCAAUGUUGAGAAGUAUAGAUAAGGAACAUGAGGUUGCACCUGCCUUGCUCCAUUCUACAGACUUGAUGUAUAGAUAUUAUAGCUUUCUUUUGUUUUAUUUUAAAGCUAUUAAAUAUAUUUUAUAGUUUUUUUUUAUUUUUUUAAAAUUUGACAAUUUUCAAUGUGAUGAAUUAUGAAAAAGACUGAAUGCAAAAGCGGUUACAAAACUAAUAAUAAGUUAAGCAAAGGUGAUCAUUUCAGUGUUUUGACUAAAAAAUUGAGCCAGCUUGUCUUCAACCCAAGAAAUGUUCUUCAACUUUUAAAGGACUUUUUUUUUUAAAAGAAAAAAAAAAUUUGCAGAAUUUUUUGUAGUCUCAUUGCCGUUUAUCUUAAUUUUUAUUGUUUGAUCUAAGUUUAACUUAGUUUCAGGGUGUAUUUGGCUAUUUUUAUUAAAAUGUUAAUCACCAUAUUAUCUGUAUUCAUGUGGUUAGCUAUAAAUUGAAAUGUCGCUUUUGGUUGGCACACAAGAUGAGGAGAGGAUUUGAAAUAGGUAGUGUGGGAUAAUAAGUCCCACAAAACAAUAGAGUAAUGUGAAUGAUAAUACAUAUUUUCAUAUCUCAUGUUUGAGAAGGACGAGUUUGGAUGACAUUAGUAUACGGUUAAUUAUUACAUUUUAUCACUCCUUAUGGAAUUGAGUUAUCCUAUUUCAAAAGGAUAGAGUAUCAUAUCGUGACACACUAUCCUAUUAUCAAAAUGUACAACCAAAUAUGGAAUAAAUGAAUCCAAUACAAUGAAGAACUCGUCCAAUUCUCUCUUUUAUCUAGCAACCAAAUGUGCAUGAACCCUUAUCCCAUCCUUUGUACCAUGAACAUUGACAGAGGAAGGGACGUGACAGACAAAGAUCCUCCCAACCAGACAAUAUAGUGGGAAUUUUGAAGAGAAAAAAAAAAUCGAGACACGGUCAUGUAAAUAGAAUGCAUUGAGUACAUGAAACCGAAAUUUUGAGUACAAAGAAUUGUGUAGAGAUUCCUAAACCAACUAAAAGUAGCUAAUUGGGGAAGUUUAGUACCUAUGCAGAUUUCUUCUGGUUUUCUUGGACGGCAAUCAUUAAAAUCAAAUAGAAAUAAAUUAAUAAUUCUCUCUCUCCCUAUAUAUAUAGAGCUCAACACAUGUUUGUUUUUCACAUCUCCAUACUCCUCAAGCUCUAACUUUUGCAUUUGUGUGCAUCCAUUUCAUCUUCUUCCUCUUUAUCUACUAAUAUUUGUUAGUUUUAUUAGUUACAAAAACUGAAAAAGGGCUUUUCAAGAUGGAAAUCAAAUCUUUGUUAUUGACUUUGGUAGCUCUGAUCAGUUUUUGCUCUGUUGUCCAUUCCUUUGAACCUAACCCUUUGCAGGACUUCUGUGUUGCAGACACUGAUAGCUCUGUUAGAGUCAAUGGCUUCGUAUGCAGAAACCCCAUGCUCGCUCAAGCAUCAGAUUUCUCCUUAAUGGGCCUCAACCUACCAGGCAACACGUUAAACCCAUUGGGCUCAGCCAUCACCCCAGCCACUGUAGCCCAAAUUCCAGGGCUCAACACCCUCGGCGUCUCCAUGGUCCGCAUCGGCUAUGCUCCGUGGGGCCUUAAACCUCCUCACAUCCACCCUUGUGCCACUGAAAUCUUCACCAUCCUCAAAGGCACCCUUGAGGUCGGCUUUGUUACUUCCAACCUUGAAAACCGUUUUAUUAGUAAAGUUCUUCAGAAAGGUGAUGUGUUUGUGUUCCCAAUAGGACUCAUUCAUUAUGAAAGGAAUGUUGGGUAUGGAAGUGCUAUCGCAAUUGCUGGGUCAAGCAGCCAAAACCCUGGUGUUAUCACGGUGGCUAACGCUGUUUUCUGAUCAAAACCAAUGAUUUCUGGUGAUGUUCUUGCCAAGACAUUUCAAGUUAAUAUGACGGUGGUUGAUGCAAUUCAGGGAAGGAUGUAGGUGAUGAAAGGAGGAGUGGGAGGACGAUGAAAUUUCAUUAAAAGUACUUUCUUUGUGAUUUUCAUGUGUCCACUAGGGUUUGUCUUUUACAUUCAUGGUAUGGUGAAGAAAUUCAUUGUGUUUUUGUGUGAUAGAAUAAGUUUAGAGGCACACUAUUUUUAAUCAUAUUUUUAAUUGUGUAUUCAUAACAAGAGUGCAACUUACACAAUUAUACAAUGUGAGUUUUGCUUCAAUGAUGAGUAGAGGGCAAAAAAUAUGAUAAAAAAUGAUGUGUUCUGAGCAAGAUUGUUAUUGGAAACAAAAUUUGUAUUUCCAUUUAUUUGUUGUAAGAGCUUGCAAGCAAUUAACUUA